CGUCAAAAUGUUAAGAUUAACGUUUGUGUGUCUUUGUUUGUUCGUUCUUAAAGAUGGAACAGAAAGUUUUGGCAAUCCUUGGAAGUUGACCCCUUUUGGGCAGCAUUUCAGAUCAAAUGUAGAAGUGGAUUAUAAUCAGAGGCAAGAUCGCCAGUAUUUCCUCCUGAAUUUGCUCAUUCAAGUCCACAAACCCUUGCUUCAUGAGGAACUCAUAACAAUGGGGAGCCAACUUAACGACGAUCCAAACAGCUAUAGGGAAGGCACCUGGAGAUUCAUAAAAGACUUUCAAGAGCGCGUGCAUCAGAAUCGAAUGCCAGGUCCUUUUGCCAUUUUUAAUCAGCUCGAUGAAGAAAUGCCCCAGAAUUUGUUGGGAAUCUAUCGUUUUUUGACCAUGGCUUUGGAUUGGUCUUCCUUCCAGCGAAAUGCAUGCUAUGCCAGGAUACACUUUCAUCCUCUGCUCUUUGUAAACGCCCUGCAGUUGGCAGUGGAGGAAAGGGAGGACACAAAGGAACUUCGGAUGCCAGCCAUGUAUGAGGUGCUGCCACAGCUCUAUUUCGAAAAGGAGGUGAUCCUGGCGGCGCAGGAAGUCACCUGGGACCAAUUGACCCCCAUUAGGUUGGUGACAUCGAAACGAAGGUGGAUGGAUAUCCUUUUGGCGUAUCGAAAGCCCAAGCAAUCUUGGACUGAAACAGAACCUAUUCCAACCGAUCCGCUGAUCAUUGAUAAUGAACGAAAAGUGGCUUAUCUGAGCCUAGACUUGGAACUUAACUCACACUGGAACAGUCUUAUAAAUCGACUGAUUAUUUCCAUUGAGGAAGGGAAGGAAAGGAUUAAUGAACCUCUUAUUGUAGAUGGCGAUCGCUUGGUAGCAUUUCGAGGAUCCUUCGAUGAAGUCAACUUUAUAAAUCAGAUGGCAUUUGGAUCCCGUUUUUAUAACUCGAAAUUAUAUGUGUACAAUCUGCAUCAGUUCGUGGCUGCUUUGACUAUGGAAGAUUUGGCAACAGGUCAAAGAUCUAUGGAUAUUAUCGAUCCGCCGCUGAUGACAACCGGUGGUGUGCCCUACAAAGGCACAUCCUUGAAUAUCGAAGCUGUGAAAAGCAUCUUAGACCUGACAAUGGACGACUUAAAGGCUCAAAUUGAAGUGGCUGUAAAACAUAAUAACGAUUCUAUGGUUGAUUUAUCCAUAGCGGGUGGAAUAAUAGGUAAUAACUACCUUCAUAUAUGCCGCCAAUUAAGCCUGGCUGUCAAUGGACAUGGACAUCAACCAACUAUGUUAGGCUCGGCUACCUCCAAUCUGAGAGAUCCCAUCUACCGCUCACUCUUAUUACGGAUAAAUGAACUGUUGAAGAGCUAUGAAAAUGCGGUUAUAUUUCCAGAUGCAGGAGGCAGGGAACACCCAAAAGUAGUUGAUAUACAAGUUAGUCGCCUGGUGACGUUUGAGGAAUACGUGACCACGGAUCUCAUCAAUCUAAUUGACCAGCAACUGCUUCUAUCACAGCGCAAUAAUCUACAAUUUCUGCGCCGUCAUCUUGUCGCUGGACAACGUCGUCUUAAUCAUGAAGCCUUCAGUAUUCGCCUGGAUAUAGUUGCUCCAGAGGACCUGGUCGUUGAGGCGAGGAUCUAUGUAACUCUACCAGGUCAAUUGAGACCGCGUUUACACCUGGACAGCUUUAAGUGUUCCCUAAAAAGGGGCUUAAAUCAAUUCGAACGUCUUUUCCCAACAGCCAUUCGCAAACACACUCUAGGUGAACUCUAUGAUGCCGGUUACCCAUCAACAGAUGUGACCAGUUCCAAACGAUUUCCGUCACAUCUUCUACUACCGAGGGGCACUGUAGACGGUCUCAAAGUGCAAUUACUCGUGGAACUUACAGAAUGGAGUGGCUUGGAGUCGGAGUUCGAUGGGGUGUCUGUCCCGGUCCUGGCCAAAACCCUGAAGGAUGUGAUAAUCUUUCACAGCCAGGCCUAAAACUAUUAUGCGAUAAUGUAUGCUAAGUGCCUAAACUUCUUAAUUGAAUGCUCGCUAGUUGAAACACACGGAGUGGGUUCCAUAUCAAUAUGGUUUUCAAAGCACGCACACAAUUGGAAUUAAAACAGUCGGCGUGUCAAUUUCAAAUUACCUUCGACCGAUUAGCACACACGUUUCAAGGAAUUUACAUUUUACUUUUAGAUACAAUUUUAAUAUUGAUAUACUGAUAAAGUUAAUCAAAUAAAUUUUUAUCUACAUGUAUUUUACAUUGAAUUGCAUUUAAUGGAAGUUCGAUUACUUCAUUGAAAGAUAAUACACUUGUAUAUUUAACUUUCCCACUUGCUCACAGAUAAUUUUCUUGACACGCACAAGCACACAGAUUUUUAGUAUCCUUUCUGUGAAAAAUCAUAUAAAUGACUGACAAAAUGGCAUACAAAAAGGAAUGGGAAUCCUGCCGCCUCAAAACAGAAACUUGAAAACGAAGGGAAACGGUUUAUUAUACGAAUGCCAUGACAACAAAAAGGCAUAAUAGUAAAAUUAAAUGUGUCUAUUAUGCCAGGCCAAUACAAUGCAUACAUAAAACCACACGCAAACCUAGCAAAAUUCAGAGCCAUACAAUCUCAAAUACACUGGAAAGAAAAGGUCCAUGUAAGACAAACUCGUUUUAGUUAAAUGUAA